GUGUAAUGAGUUGGGUAAUCAGUACCCCUGACCCCUAAUGACCUCUGACCUGAGUUCGGGUCAACAAGUUUUCUGGGUCAGCGACUGCAUACAACUGCAUAGUUUUGUUCGAAAUUAUUCCGGGACGUCAGACUUCUUCGGGCAUCUAGUAAAUGAAGAACUAUUUCCACCCAUCUUCCCUAUUGGGUAUGGUUAUCAAGCAGCAUGUCCAGACAACAGGAGUUCAUCUGUGGCCUCUCGCAGGAGGUGACCAUAGCAGUCCUUCCCAGACUGAACAUGGAGGAGCUGAUGUUUGAACUCAACAGAAGAAUUCAAAACCUGGACAAAGAGAACAGCAUCAAGGACAGGCUGGUCAGUAUCCUUCGGGACAUGAUGUCAGAGGAGUAUGGUCAGUUGGAAAGGAAGACAGAAGAAAGCAUUCCUGGAAAAGAACAGGAGUCAAUCAUUAUGCAAAAGACUAUUCCAAAGGCGUAUGCAAAAACAUUGCUAACAGAGACAUCCACUCCUGACGCCUCACUGCAAAGUUCUGGACUAGACAUUGAGAGCAGCAAGGAAAUCAACAAUACCAGCAAUGAAGUACUCACACAUAACAAGGAGCUUGUGCUAAAUGCAGUUCAGGUACAGCUGACAAGUACACUUCCUUCAUCUGAUAGUUCCAUGGUACAAAUGAGUACCGCAGUAGACUGUGGCAUUAAAGAAGAAGAGGCUGCUAUGAUGAGUGAGGAUGAAGCAGGUAGAGCUUGUCAUGACGAGCUCAACGUUGACACUCCCACUUUCAGUAUGCAGGAACUAGAUACAAUUAAUCCAAUGGGUGAUUCUCGCAUAGAGAAGCCUAUGUCUUCUGAAUGGACUCCAGACUAUGAUGAUGUACAUGUAAAGAUGGAUAGCCAUGAGUCCGAGGAUGAUCAAAUCGGACAAAUUUCUCUGGAUCAGGAUAGAGAUUGCAUGACUGGGUUGGUUAACAGCGGAAAUAAACAAAGUCUAAAAGUGAAUUUUGAGGAAACAGUUUCUUGUGAACCGAUCGCGACUCAGGACCAGGAUUCUGAGAACAGGAUGUCUCCUCUCUCUAAUAAGAACUUGGGAAUUGUUUGUAAACGCUACGUAUGCAACUCGUGUGGGUUCACAACAUCGUACGCACACAAGUUCUCUAAGCAUAGACAACGUCACAUGCGAGGAAAAUCUUUCAUUUGUGGGGAAUGUGGUUACAGGGCAUCGUAUAAGUCCAGACUUGUCUAUCACAUGAGGACACACAGUGGCGAUAAACCGUUUAAGUGCAACGAAUGUCAUUAUCAGGCCUCAUUGAAAGGUUCUCUCGUUGAGCAUAUGAAAAAACAUGGCAGCCAGGAACCUUACAGCUGUGAACUUUGUGACUAUCAGACCCUCCGAAAGUAUCACUUUGAGAGACAUAUGAAGUACCACGCUGGUGUGAAAACCUACAAAUGCGAGGAAUGUGACUACAGGACAGUUGAUAAGGCCACUCUUAUAAGACACAUGAGAUGUCACACCGGUGAGAGACCCUACAGUUGUAAUGAGUGUGACUACAAGGCAAGUCUAAAAGCCACUCUUCUUAGGCAUGUGAGAAAGAAGCACCAAUGAUGUCAGUAAUACCAAUCAGAAAUAAAUCAUUGAGAUCAUUUUAUUGUACAGCAACUAACUAAAGCUAGUUCACCUUUAUUCGCGGAGUAACCUAUAUCAGUUCUAUUUAAAUCCAGGCUGCUUAGGGAUAUCGGUUGACGGACGGCGGCUUCCAACUGCAAUAUUUUGAGAAAAAAAUGCAAUUUGAAACCACCGUCUAACGAUUUGAUAUCGGAUAUAGGUUACCUCGCGAAUAAAUGUGAACUUACCUUAUAUAUAUUCAUGAAAAAUUGAUUAUACAAUUACCCACAAAACUUUGUUCAUGACAAAAAAAUUUGUUUCUACUUGCGUUUUAAAUCAUAUAGCAUAGAGUUUCUGUAUUACUGUGUAUAUAUUUUGAGAUAUGUAAAAGCGCAACAAUGUAAAUAUUUGACUUAUAGCAUGUUUUCUUGUACGUAUAAGUUUUA